GGUGUGAGAAUGAGUGUAGGAAAAGGAUAUCGAGUAACCGUAGCAUAUAAGCGUUACGUAUUAAAAUACAUACUAUAUAUAGUAUAUAACUUGUGCGCGCAUAAUUUGGCAGUGAAUGAACAUACUAAGCUAGCUAGCUAACCAUGGAGAUAGUAAGAAGCUUAACCCUCACUUUCCUACUCUCUAUCGCCUUUAUGGGCCAAUGUAGUAGCAACCAAACCCAACCCAAUAAUGCAACUUCCGUCGUUGAUAGCCUACUAAAUCAUACUACCUCCAAUUACACUGAAGUUACCUUUGGGGACAAGAAGCCGCAAAAUGAUAGUGGUGGUGUGGGUGUCAAUGGUGGUGGAUUUUCAUGGGGAUGGGGCGGAGGGGGUGGAGGUGGAGGCGGAGGCGGAGGGGGAGGAGGUGGAGGUGGGGGAUGGGGUUGGGGAGGUGGAGGUGCAGGUUCGUGGAAGUGGGGCUCGUGUGGUAGAGGGAGACGGGGAGGAAGAAAGGGACAUGGAAGGAGAGGAGUUGGUAGGGGAAACUUCAAGUUGGGAGAAUUCGCAGAAUGCAUGGGGGAAGGAAGGUGUAAAGGAAUGAAGCUUGAUUGCCCACUUCACUGUGGUGGCUUUUGCUUCUAUGACUGCUUAAAUAUGUGCAAAGCUCAUUGUCGACACUAAGCCUAGGUGUAUUUAUUUAUAUCUUCACAAAGAGUUGCGGCUUGUAUGAUUGUGGAGCCAAUUAACACGGGGCACAAGCUCUUUUCACGAAGGCUAUUUACCGAAAUGAUAUAUGCGACGAAGUAGUUAAUUAUGAAGGUCCUCUUUCAUAAUAUAGCCGUCGAUAAUCAUCAACCAACGGGAGGUCUAAUGUGGAAAUCCCGAGCUAGAAUAGACAGCCAGAAAAUUCUACACAACCAUAACGUCCAAAAAUAAAAGACAUCACCAAAAACCACCGUAUUAGAAAAAUUAACUAUUGAACAUUGACAAAUGACAACCCUCUUCCCUCAACUGGCAAUUGCACAGGGCUGAACUCGUAACAAAACCCAGAUUAGUAGUAGUUUCCUAUAAUUUGAUGCAACAAUAGCCCUUCUUGAAUUAAAGUUUGUGCUUCAUAUCUCUUCUUCUCAAUCAACUUUUAUUGUUCGUCUUGUUUUUUUGAUCAAUGACGACUUCGAUCAUAUGGCUUCUUCUCACCUUCAUCGAUAUAUUAUAUUUUUGAUCAGUGAUGAUAAAGGUCGCAAGUUGCGACAAUUUUUUGUUGUCGCAAUCUUACGUGUCGCAGUUUAAUUGGCACAUUUAGGUGCCACGUAGACUAUGCAUCAUCAGAAUAUUUUUACUACCAAUUCAAUAUUUUUACUAUGAAAAUAUGUAAAUAAGAUUAUCGAUAUAAAGAAGGAAAUAAAAUAUAAUAUUAAGAUUUUCCUACCUUUUUUGUAACAUGUAUAAUAGAUUAUAUAAGUUAAAUAUUUUAGUUUCCAAUUUAAAUCAUGACACAUAAGCAUGACAUGUCAUCAUUGUGACACGGCUUAAAGGUCGCAUGUUGCGACCUUUAUCAUUUCCGAUAUUAUAUAUAUAACAGGGAGGAGGUAGAAGUAGGAUAAAAGUUCAUUGAAAUCUCAUAUAUUUAUCAUAUUCAUAAGAUAACGUACAAAGUAUAUGCAUGUAUACGUUGAAAUCCUCUUAUCCUCUUAUCAUAUUAAGUGGUUUGUUAAAAACUGCCCCUUAUCAUAAUAAGCUAUUUGAAGAUAUCAACGAAAAUU